AUGACACUCUCUCAAACCUCUCAGCACCACCAUCCACAAACAUCAGUUGGUAUCAUCAACAUUUCUACUGAUUUUGGACCAACAACUCCUCCAUCUGCCUCUCCAGCGAGUGAACAGCAACUUUCAACCUUUAUGAUUGAGGUUCGAAAUCGCUUAGCUCGUCUGGAAACCGCUCAUGUCGAAAUUGAGCGGUUAAAAACAGCCCUGGCAGAGUCUGAAGCUGCUCGUCACGCUCUCGAAGCCCAACUUGCAGCUGCUACUGGUACUACAACUAGCCUGGCUCCCAAGCCAUCAUCAUCCCACCCACCUCCUGCCACUACUACCACCACAAUAGCAUCAGCAUCAACUACAUGCACCAAUGCUACCUCUGCCACCUCUUUGUCUCCAGGAAAUCAACCAUCUUUUGCUGCCGUCGUUGCAUCUAAUACAGGUGCAAAGCGUAAGAAGAAGCCUGCUGCUCGUCCUCCUCCUCCAUCUGCCACCAAGGCAUCCGCUACUCUUGCUCGUCUUUUUGCUCCUCAAAGUGAUAUACCAUCUGGUUAUCAAUUUGUGUACUAUGCUACUCCUGUCCGCCGUCGUCUUUCUGAGCUGCGUCGCCUUGUUCAAGGCGUAGGAUUGAAUAACUCUCGUGUGCUGGAUAUUCAAUAUCCUGUACAGAAUGUGAUUUCUUUCCUUGUUCAUAAUGACUAUGUACUCACCCUCACCAAAGCCAUGCAUCUACAUGGUCGUGGCUGCUCUCCGUUGAUUGACUUUGAUCCAUGUGAUCCAGUCAAUCUCAAAGAUCCCAAAUUUGCUUCUCUCUCUCCUGAUCUGCGUGUCCAAAAGGCCAUUGAGGUCGAAAACCUUCGCUGCCUUCGUUCGCUGUCUUUUGUCCGUCGCUCUGUCCGUGUUUCUGUUGCUCGUUCUUUUCUUUUGUAUGAUCGCAUCAACCAAGCCCAAUUUGAUGCCAUUUUGAAAGAAGAAAUGCCUGCUCGUUCCUCCUCCUCUGCUGCUGCUAAACCACCAUCCCGAUCCUCUGAUCAAGAGCGUUUAGCCAAGAAACAACGUUUGAGUUAUCUUGGCUACCUCUUGCAUCAUGAUGCUGAAACUGCCUCUCUCUUGGCUUAUGCUGUCUCCCCAACUCUCUCUGCUACCAAGGAUCUUGAAAUGUCAGAGCCUUCUGAUAACUUGUUAAGCACAAAGAAUAAAAGGAUUAUUAUUUGUAGCUUAUAA